CAGAACGUUUUUGAACGUUGUUUAUUAAAAGUUUUGCAGUUUGCAGUUUAUUAAAGGAUUAAUUGUAUUUAAAGAAAUAAUAGUGCAAUGACGUCCGCUUUGGCUUCAUUAACAGCUACCUAUACGGAUUCCGAAGGUGAAGAAGAUGGAAACGAGGAGCAAACCGAAACUACAAACAAUCACGAAGGCGGCGUUGGUAUAGUUGAGUCUCCCAUAAAUUCUCUAUCGGAUCAUAAAUCAAACGGUUCCUCGCAACCCGCCAGUCCCGCUCCCGUUAAAGUGACCACAAAAGUAGCGAAAUUGGUGUCUUAUCAAGAUGAUACAUACGUAUCGGAUGAAGAUGGUGAGUCCGAAGUCCCCCACGAGGUGAUCAUGCUGGGAGAAAACGACGCGCCCAUUGAGCAGGCCGUGACCGACGACGUGGAUAACAUGAUACCUCCGGAGCCACCGGGACAUUGUUCCACCGAGUUGCAGGACAAAAUCGCCAAGCUCCACGAGAAGAUGCUCACGCAGCAAAUGGACAUGAACGCCGUGAUUCAAAAGAGAAAGGACUUCAGGAAUCCGAGCAUAUACGAGAAAUUGAUACAAUUCUGUGAUCUGAACGAAUUAGGAACGAAUUACCCGCCUGCUAUGUACGAUCCGUUGAAGUGGAGCAAGGAGUCCUACUACGAGGAGCUGGCUAAGGUGCAGAAGGCCGAGAUGGACAGGAGGGAUAAGGAGCGUAAGAGCAAAGUGGAAUUCGUGUCGGGCACAAAGAAGAACGAAGACGAUAAGAAGAGGAAGAGCAAGUGGGAUCAACCGGGCGGGGGCGGUACGGGAGCCCCGCCGAGCGUGAAACCGGCCGGGUUGAUUCAACCUUCUUUAACUACAUCUUCGACCGGUACCAAAGGAACUGUAAUAUCGGCGUUUGGUUCUUUACCUAAGAAACCCAAGCCGUAGGAAGUGUUUCGUAUUUACUCUUGGAAUUGGUUUGACUGGCCUCUUGCCUAGUAGCAUAAAUGUUGAUCGAAGAUGAUUGAAUUAUUUUUGUAGACAUAGGAGUUCAUCAUUUUUGAUUAGCAGCGCAGAAACGGAGAAUUUAAGUGAUAUUUUGUUAUUUUAUUUAGUAUUUCAGCUGCGCUUACUCGGGAUAACUUGUACAUUUCUUAGCAUAAGGCAAAAAUAGUGAAUAAUUAUUUUAUGUAUAAAAUGAUGGAAACUUUUGUUGAUAAUAAUAAUGUAAU